CGCUCUGACUAGGUUAACGGCCAUUCCCCUCGUGUCUUCAACGACCGAGGCCGAAUUUUAAUAGCACGUCGCACGGAUCCACGGCCGAUCCUACAUAUGUACAAACCGGCAGCCCACUACGGAGCACGUACCACUCUGGGUAACGUCCGCCAAAGCCAAGUGUUUGUGUUCGUUUCCUAUUCUGGGGGUCUGGGGCCAGUUGAAUGCCUGCUUUCUUCAGAGUCCAAUCAGUUUGGUUAAGAAUUUCAAACUCCAAUGGCAUGGCAUGGGCUGAAUGGGUUUGAAACACCAUGGACUCUGCUACUAUCGCUCGCCGGCAUUACAGCAGUAUCCGGGUUCUACGGCCCAUACUACGCGCGUAUGCACUUGGCUAUUUGUCUUCAACCACUCCGAAAAUAAUAACCUGUCUUCGGCGAAUUCGGGGGCAUGACUUGAGCUUGGGAGAAAAGCUCAAAGAGUUGUCCCGUACAUUGGCAAGCACAAUCCGGCUGGAUGCAUUUCCAACGUUCUGUGCCCUUCUGGCAGGAGGGUCAACAGUCUUUCCUUUUCUCUUCUUCCGAUGCCUCAUGCAUUUGAAGCGUAGGCGGUGUUCUACAUUCAGUCCCCUUAAUGCAGCGACAUCUAUGCGACUACUUCGAGUUGCCUCUGCAUUUCUCUCCGCUUGGUUCAGUUUUAACCUUCUAAAUCGAAGGCCCAUUAGAAUAUUAGGAGCCUGUGGCCAAUCUCAAGGUGCUAGCGAACCAAGUAAUGCGGCGGACCAGGACAAAAUCCAGCUGGAGCCGCAUAGCCAUCCGCAGUUCGCAGGUAGGACCAUGGAUCUCACCCUCUUCAGCCUUACAAGAGCUGCGGAUUUGAUGGUCUGCAUGGGUUGGGCACAAUGGCAGCAAUGGCGACAGUCCAGAAACCAGAGGACUCUAGCGGAGCGUGUCGCUCCUAACCUCGCAGACUCGGGGAUGUUUGCCACCAGUGCAGCGAUAGUGAUGUGGGCAUGGUUCUAUAUGCCCGAGAGGCUACCCAAAUCUUAUGGUAAAUGGAUCGGAGAAGUAGCCCAGGUGGAUGGCCGCCUGGUCGAAGCACUUCGCCGUGCUAGAAGAGGAAACUUUGUAUACGGAAAAGACACUGGUCAGGCGUCUCUCCUUCAGCCAAUGUGCGAAGACUACGAUUGGCCCAUGGAAUGGGGAGACCCUUCGCAGACCAUCCCCAUUCCGUGCGAGAUGGUCCACAUGGGCAGUGGUCCUAGCUGUGAGAAACAUGCCGUGUCUCGAUUUGCCCGAACAUUUAAGUUUGCCUGUGCGACCUACAUCCCUCUACAGGUCGUCCUUCGUCUUCGGUCGAUGAAGUCUGUGGCAUCCUUGAGACAACCCAUAUCCGCCGGCUUGCGCUCAUCCGCUUUUCUCGCCUCAUUCGUGAGUUUGUUCUACUACUCGGUCUGUCUGGCCAGGACAAGGGUGGGUCCCAAGAUAUUUGGCCGCGAUACAGUGACUCCGUUGAUGUGGGACUCUGGGCUGUGCGUUGGUGCUGGAUGUCUGAUGUGUGGUUGGAGUAUACUCGUUGAGAACGCACGGAAGCGACAGGAGAUCGCAUUGUUUGUGGCACCCCGGGCUGCCGCCACUGUUUUGCCUAGAAUAUAUGACAAACAGUACCAAUACCGGGAACGCAUUGCCUUUUCCAUCAGCGCCGCUAUCCUUUUGACCUGUCUCCAAGAGCAACCCGAGAUGGUUCGGGGUGUAUUUGGUCGGAUUGGUAGAAGCGUUUUGAUGUGACGCAUGCGAGCGAAUGAUGUCUGUCAUCUGUAUCUCCAUUAUUAUGCCUCCAUCUCUA